AUGGUGUCUGAAGGGGCUUUGCCCGUAGUAUGGUGUAUACGCGAUAAUCAACUUGUGCCUCACCAAGUAUCCGGUGUUAAGUUACAAGGAGCUGUAACAGGAGCACAUAUAGCCGCUGUUACAGAUUUUUUGCGUAUGGUGGCAGGGACUCCAAUUGUUCUUCCGCAUACGGCGGUUCCUGAAGACGUUGAUAAUGACAUUAAUCAAGAAAAAGAAAAUUCAACUCGAAGACGAAAAAUGUCUAUGCAGGUUGAAGUGCCUUGUGUUUUCCUCACUGAAAGCGCUUUACAAAAAGCUAAGAGCCGCAGUAAUUCUAGAGAAGAAAAGGUAACGAUUGAAAGAUGUAAUAUUACCACAACUAAAAUGUUGGAUAGUAGUUCAUCCUCUUUCCUAAGUUCAUCUGAUAUUUUAGAAAUGAAAGAAAUUGAAGAUAGUCAUUCAGAAAUUAUGAAAGAUAAUUUUAAAUCAAAUAUUUCUGAAUCAUCAAUUUCAUUAACUGAAAAUAACUAUCCUCAAAGAAUAACGAGGAUUAUUGAAUUAGAUGAUUUAAAUCCGACUACUAUAAAUGUAGAGCCGGAAAGAGAUCAUCCACAAAGGAUAACUCGAAUUAUUGAAUUUCAAAAUGACAAGUCGCCAUCACCAGUUUGUACCGAUGGUGAAAAUGAAACAUUGCAAAGGAUUACACGAAUAAUAGAAUUGAAUGAAGAUAAUUCAUUUUCUACCAUUACAAAUAGUACAGAGUCCCUUGACAAAGAAUGUCCUCAAAGAUUAAGUAGAAUAAUGGAAGUUGAAAAAGAAAACAACUUUCCGAGUAUGACUAAAAUAAUUGAAAUGGAAAACGACAUAUCAAAUGAACGACGAAUUUCCCUGACGAAUGAACGUGAAACUGGAGGCGGAAAUGUUGAAAAUUGCAGUGAGGAAGUGACUGUUAGGACUAAGUUUGUGCAUCGAAGUACUCCUAGGUUUAGUCUUGACUCUUCGUGCUCCGAAAACUCUUACGUUAAUAUUGAGUGUUUAAAGAGUUUGCAGGAUGUUAGAAAAGAGGAAAACAAUGAAAGCGGAUUGAAUCCUGAGAUAUCACCCGCUGGCAGAUCUAUUCGUUCUCGGUUUCCGAGGAAAAAAACGUCUGUAUGUUCGAUUGGCUCUUCGGACUGCGACGACGAGGUAGACGUAAUUUUCAAAUCCAAGCCUAAAUCUAGUCAAUGGGUCAGUUUGGAUUGGAUACCACCGCCUCCCAAAGAAGAGCCAGUGAUAAUGCAAGUCUGUGAUAAAAAUGAUUUCAUUACGAAAUGGAUAGCAGAGCAAAAUUCGCAGGACUCAAUCAUUAUUGCUGACGAGAGACGAAAGAGUCUUCCGCCGAAAUCAAAUGAAAUAUAUCUUCAAAAUAUGAGAAGAUUUAGUGACAGUUUACAAAUAUGUAAAGAAGACGCUGCCAGUGAUUCUCCAGCUACAGUGAAAUGGAAGUGGCAUGAUAUAGUUAAACGUCACCUUCAGUUAUUGAAAAGCGAGAAAGGUUUUAGGCGGCAAAAAGGUAGCUGGAUGAGGACGGCGAGACGUCUUUCUGGAACAAAUGUCAACCACAAAGACCUGGAGUCUUUGCCAUUGGAUACGUAUAUGAAACUUCAGACUAUGCCAUGGUACUUCCGCAAAAUAAAACGAAUCGAAGCGGAGAAGAAAUUGCUCCUCCCCGAGAACGAACAUGGUGCUUUCCUCAUCAGGGACUCGGAAAGCCGCCAUAAUGACUUCUCACUAUCAGUGCGAGACGGAGAUACGGUGAAGCAUUACCGCAUCAGGCAGUUGGACGAGGGCGGUUUCUUCAUCGCGAGGCGCACUACCUUCCGUACGCUGCAGGAACUUGUGGAGCAUUACAGCAAGGACGCUGACGGCCUCUGUGUAUCACUCAACAAGCCCUGCGUACAGAUUGAGAAACCUGUGACGGAAGGUCUCUCGCACCGAACGCGCGAUCAAUGGGAAAUCGACCGUUCAUCGCUCAAGUUCGUGAGGAAACUAGGGCACGGUCAGUUUGGUGAAGUAUGGGAAGGUCUAUGGAACAACACCACUCCAGUGGCCGUGAAGACCUUGAAGUCCGGUACUAUGGAUCCCAAAGACUUCCUCGCAGAAGCUCAGAUCAUGAAGAAACUGAGACACAACAAACUCAUUCAACUAUACGCUGUCUGUACACUCGAGGAACCUAUCUAUAUUAUCACUGAACUUAUGAAGAAUGGAUCCCUUUUGGACUAUCUACAAGGCAAAGGUCGUUGUCUGAAGCUGCAGCAGCUUAUCGACAUGGCUGCGCAGAUCGCCGCCGGCAUGGCGUAUCUCGAAUCACAGAAUUACAUACAUCGCGAUUUAGCCGCGAGGAACGUGCUGGUUGCCGACGCUAAUAUCGUGAAAAUCGCCGAUUUUGGUCUCGCGAGGCUUAUCAAAGAAGAUGAGUACGAGGCCCGUGUAGGCGCUCGGUUCCCCAUAAAAUGGACGGCGCCCGAGGCAGCCAACUACAGUAAAUUCUCCAUUAAAUCCGAUGUCUGGUCGUUCGGCAUCCUCUUGACUGAACUCGUCACUUACGGCCGAAUACCUUAUCCAGGUAUGACAAACGCUGAAGUUUUACAUCAAGUCGAGCACGGUUACCGUAUGCCGUGUCCUCAGAAUUGUCCUGCAGCCCUUUACGAGAUCAUGUUGGAGUGCUGGCAUAAAGAUCCUCUGAAGCGACCCACCUUCGAGACUCUGCAAUGGAAGCUCGAGGACUUCUUCACCAUGGACAACUCCGAGUACAAGGAGGCAUCCGCCUACUGA